UCCGUGGUUAGGAUUUCUAAACGACGAAGCCCGCCAUCUUUUUCAUAGAGUUUGACAUUUCUUUUACUUGAGCACGUUUUUAGAAGAAGCCCUACAAUGCAGAUCUUCGUAAAAACCCUCACGGGUAAAACCAUCACCCUUGAGGUGGAGGCAUCAGACACCAUUGAAAAUGUGAAAGCCAAGAUCCAGGACAAAGAGGGUAUCCCCCCAGACCAGCAACGUCUUAUCUUCGCCGGAAAACAGUUGGAAGAUGGACGUACCCUGUCUGACUACAACAUCCAGAAGGAAUCCACCCUUCACUUGGUGCUCAGGCUUAGAGGAGGUACCAUUGAACCUUCUCUCCGUAUCUUGGCCAUGAAGUACAACUGUGACAAAAUGAUUUGCCGCAAGUGCUAUGCUCGCCUUCAUCCUCGUGCUACCAACUGCCGCAAGACCAAGUGUGGACACACUAACAACCUGCGCCCCAAGAAGAAGUUGAAGGAUUAAGUUAUUAUUUUUUCAUCUACAUACUUGCAAAAAUAUCAUCCUAUUUGCAAACAACAUAAUUAAGUCAAAAUUAAUAAAAAUGUAACAUCUA